CCCCUUUGAUUGGAAGAAGAACGAUUUGAACAAAAUUAUCGCCGACAACUCAAGACGCCGACGAGAACGUUGCUUUUAUUACAAAGUAAUGGCAAUGCUUUCUACGGAUGAAGCCAGCAAGCUGCUGGAUUUUUCUCAAAAAUUGGAUAUAAAUCUACUCGAUCGUAUUGUCGAGUGUUUGUAUACAUCGCAGGGAGAGCAGCUUCGCAUAGCUCAAGAUAUCCUUACUACUUUGAAAGAGCAUCCCGAUGCCUGGACACGUGUUGAUAGUAUUUUGGAAUUCUCGCAGAAUCAACAGACAAAGUUCUAUGCUUUGCAAAUUUUGGAAGAAGUUAUAAAGACUCGCUGGAAAAUUUUACCCCGCAAUCAAUGUGAGGGCAUUAAAAAGUAUGUUGUUGGUCUUAUAAUCAAAACAUCGUCGGACCCCGCCACAAUGGAGGCGAAUAAAGUCUACUUAAACAAGCUUAAUAUAAUCUUGGUGCAAAUUUUGAAGCGAGAAUGGCCUCGUAACUGGGAAACAUUCAUAAGCGAUAUUGUCGGUGCUUCGAAAACCAAUGAAUCGUUGUGCAAGAAUAAUAUGGUUAUACUAAAAAAUUUAAGCGAGGAAGUCUUUGAUUUUUCCUCCGGACAAAUAACACAAACUAAAGCAAAACAUCUUAAGGAUACAAUGUGUUCCGAAUUCGCCCAGAUAUUUCAACUCUGCUCUUUCGUCCUUGAGAGUUCAAUGAAUGCGCCGUUGAUUCAAGUAACACUAGAGACACUUUUGCGUUUUUUGAACUGGAUUCCUCUGGGAUAUAUAUUUGAGACAUCAUUAAUCGAAACCUUAAUAUUCAAGUUCCUCAGUGUGCCCAUGUUUCGUAAUGUUACACUGAAGUGCCUGUCGGAAAUUGCAGGUCUUACCGUUCCAAACUACAACGAAAACUUCGCCACUCUCUUUAGGGAUACAAUGACACAGCUCGAUCAAAUGAUUAAUCAGAAUACGAAUAUGAAUCAUAUUUACGCAAAUGGCAGCGAUAGUGAGCAAGAGUUUGUCCAAAAUCUGGCUAUGUUUUUGUGUACAUUCCUCAAGGAACAUGGCAAACUAGUUGAGGAUGUAAAAUAUGUCGAUUAUUUGAACCAAGCUCUAUUAUAUUUGGUAAUGAUUUCCGAAGUCGAAGAUGUUGAAGUAUUCAAAAUAUGCCUUGAAUAUUGGAACAGUCUUGUUGAAGACUUAUAUACCAGCGAACCUUUUGGAAGUGGGGGAUCUAAUGUCCAUCUGGGCCAAUCUGAUGUAGUGACAUUGGCCAAGCGAAACGCAACAUUUCCUCGUCGUAGAUUUUAUGCUAACAUAUUAUCAAAAGUCCGCUAUAUAAUGAUAUCACGCAUGGCUAAACCGGAAGAAGUCCUCGUUGUAGAGAACGAAAACGGAGAAGUGGUGCGAGAAUUUAUGAAAGAUACCAAUGCUAUCAACUUAUACAAAAAUAUGCGAGAAACAUUGGUGUUUUUGACUCAUUUAGAUUAUGCCGACACUGAACGCAUAAUGACACUAAAACUUUUAAAUCAAGUGAAUGGUUCCGAGUUUUCCUGGAAAAACUUGAAUACUUUGUGUUGGGCUAUCGGAUCAAUUUCAGGGGCUUUCUGUGAAGAGGAUGAAAAACGAUUUUUGGUAACAGUCAUAAAAGAUCUCUUGGGUUUGUGCGAACAAAAGAAGGGUAAAGACAAUAAAGCUAUUAUUGCAUCGAAUAUUAUGUAUGUUGUUGGGCAAUAUCCUCGAUUUUUGCGAGCACACUGGAAAUUUUUAAAAACUGUUGUCAAUAAACUGUUCGAAUUCAUGCAUGAAACUCAUGACGGUGUUCAGGAUAUGGCAUGCGAUACUUUUAUAAAAAUAGCUAUAAAAUGUAGGAGAUAUUUUGUGACGAUACAACCAAACGAGGCAUGCACAUUCAUCGAUGAAAUAUUAAGCACUAUGAGCAGCAUUAUUUGUGAUCUUCAACCACAGCAGGUGCACACAUUCUAUGAAGCUGUCGGCUACAUGAUAUCGGCUCAAGUGGAUCAAGUACAACAAGAUAUAUUAAUAGAGAAAUACAUGUUUUUGCCCAACCAAGUGUGGGAUGAAAUAAUUUCUCGGGCUUCAAAGAACGUGGAUUUUCUCAAGAACAUGACAGCAGUUAAGCAAUUAGGAAGUAUAUUGAAGACGAAUGUGGCUGCAUGUAAGGCUUUAGGCCAUGCGUACGUUAUUCAAUUGGGCCGUAUUUAUCUGGAUAUGCUGAAUGUUUAUAAGAUAACAUCCGAAAAUAUUAUUCAAGCUAUUGAAUUGAACGGUGUCAAUGUUAAUAAUCAACCCCUAAUAAAGGCGAUGCACGUUGUAAAAAAGGAAACUCUGAACCUUAUAUCAGAAUGGGUUUCACGAUCUAAUGACAAUCAGCUAGUAAUGGAUAACUUUAUCCCUCCUUUGCUGGAUGCUGUUCUUUUGGAUUAUCAGCGAUGCAAAGUGCCGUCAGCAAGGGAACCAAAAGUUCUUUCAUCUAUGAGCGUCAUAGUCCACAAACUCCGAAAUGACAUCACAAAUGAAGUACCGAAGAUUUUUGAUGCCGUUUUUGAAUGUACUUUGGACAUGAUUAAUAAAAACUUUGAGGAUCACCCACAACAUCGUGUCAGUUUUUAUGAGCUAUUGCAAGCAGUCAAUGCCCAUUGUUUUAAGGCUUUCUUAAACAUACCACCAGCACAAUUUAAGCUGGUCUUCGACUCCGUUGUAUGGGCAUUUAAGCACACAAUGCGGAAUGUAGCAGAUACCGGGUUAAAUAUACUAUAUAAGAUGCUGCAAAAUCUUGAGCAACACCCUGCAGCAGCCCAGAGUUUCUAUCAGACAUAUUUUACAGACAUUUUGAUGCAAAUAUUUUCGGUUGUUACUGAUACCUCUCAUACAGCUGGUCUUGGAAAUCAUGCGAUUAUUCUGGCUUAUAUGUUUUCGUUAGUCGAGAACAAUAAGAUAACUGUAAAUCUCGGCCCAAUACCCGACAAUACCAUCUUCAUACAAGAAUAUGUGGCUUCAUUGCUGAAAUCUGCAUUCAGUCACUUGACAGACAACCAAAUUAAGGUAUUUGUUACGGGUCUAUUCAAUUUAGACGAAAAUGUACAAGCAUUUAAGGAACACUUGAGAGAUUUCUUAAUUCAAAUACGGGAAGUUACUGGAGAGGAUGACUCUGACUUGUAUCUUGAAGAGCGGGAAGCUGCUCUACGAGAAGCGCAGGAAAGUAAAAUGUUGAUGCAACGCAACAUACCAGGAAUGUUAAAUCCGCACGAAUUGCCAGAGGACAUGCAGGACGAAUAAGUUAAUGUUGAAUUCAAUAUCUGCCCCUUGGAA